GCUGUGUCUAGGGUUUGCAGAAUUGCUUCCUAUUCGAACUCUUCCCACAAAAUUCUUAAAAUUAACUUGCUGGUCCAAACUCCAAAGCUCUCUGACAAUGGGCAAGAAGAAAUCUAAAGAUCCGGAUACCUCCGCUGAUAAGAAAGAUGAAACCGUUUCAGCUCCGUCGAAUAUUUUCAAGGCCCUCUUCGGCGACGGACAGGAGCAAAAUGGUGCUGUUUCGUCCAUCUUCUCUGACUCCAACCCAUUCAGAAGAAAACCCCAAGAAAUAAAUUCGGGUCUUUCUUUCAUUGAAGCAGCCAGCGACCCCAAAAACGAUAUUGCCGAUACGAACGAUGUUUUCGAGUCGAAAAAGGGAAAAACAAGCAAGGUGAAGAGACCCAGUACGGAUUCAAUCGAAGAAGUGGCAAAGACUUUCUCUGUGACCAGAAAAUCAAAGAAGGAGAAAACCCAAAAUCCCAAUUUUGUCUUCGAAACGAAUGAAGGGGGUAGUACAAAGAGCCUUCAUUUGGGUGUUGAACUGAAUGAUGAGGUCGAAGGCGGUAAUGCCCAUGACGGAGAACACACGGAGACUAAAAGUAGGAGGAAGAAGAGGAAGAGAGACGAGCUGGAGCUGGAGCUGGAGUACGAGGCAAGGAAGUAUGGGGUGGCGGCAAAUAUUGAUCAGGUUGAAGAGGGAGAAUCAAGAGAGAAGCUUGUGGGGCAGAAGAGGAAGAAGGCGGACAAUGCAGCAGAUAUGAUGGUUUCGCAGGAGGGUUUUGAUGAUGAAAGCAAACUCUUGAGGACCGUGUUUGUUGGUAAUUUGCCUAUGAAGGUGAAAAAGAAGGUUCUCUUGAAGGAGUUUAGUAAGUAUGGAGAGGUGGAGUCCAUAAGGAUCCGGUCAGUGCCAUUGCUAGAUACCAAGAAACCCAGAAAAGGCGCCAUUAUGAUGAAGCAAAUUAAUGACGCUGCUGAAAGUGUUCAUGCAUACAUUGUUUUCAAGAAAGAACAAUCUGCCGUGGCUGCAUUGAUCCAUAAUAUGGCUGCGCUUGGAGGGAACCAUAUUCGUGUUGACAGGGCCUGUCCACCUCGCAAGAAGUUAAAAGGUGAAACAACUCCACUGUAUGAUAACAAGAGGACUGUUUUCAUCGGCAACCUACCAUUUGAUGUGAAGGAUGAAGACAUAUACCAGCUAUUUUCUGGUAACAGCGGUAUGGAAACUAACAUUGAAGCGAUUCGGGUCAUUAGAGAUCCUAGUACAAGUCUAGGAAAGGGAAUUGCAUAUGUCUUGUUUAAAACGAGGGAAGCUGCAAAUACAGUCAUUAAGAAACGGAACUUGAAGCUCCGAGAUCGAGAGUUGAGGCUUUCUCAUGCCAGGCAGAAUUCCACCCCAUCAAAGAGAGAGAAUCCAUCCCUAUCAGAGACAGCUGGUUCCCCAGCUAAGAAGCUUGCAAUGGAUUCAAGGACUCUCGAAAGCAGUGGUAAAUCAACUCCCUCAUACCAGGGAUUGCGUGCAACGAAAUCUGGUGUCCAAAAGAAAGACUAUCCAAAAACUUCUGGACCAGUUAAAAGGACAUCAAAUACUCGAAAAGAAGAGAAAUUACGAGAACGCUAUGAAAAAAGACCAGCAGUUGCUGAGAGAAAGGCCAAGGCAAAAGUGUUUAAGAAUGGUAAUACCUCAAAACAAGCAGGGGGAAAGCGCAAGAUGGACAGCCGGACUCCAGAGACCUCCCAACAGAAGAAGAAAGCCAAAAAAUUCAAGUAGAAAGAAGGCCAUGAUGAAUUGUUCUACUAAUAUUACUAUGCAAAAAGCCCUAUGCAAAGGAGGAAUGGAUCACAGGCAAAAUUUCUGUGUGAUUGGGAAGAUAAACCUAUGGUCAAUUCUGUAUUUCUGUGGAUCCUGGGUGAAAAUUGUAAGCUGGUCAUACAGGCCCACCCUGUAUGGCUGUACCGCCUGUACACUUUCUAUUUAAUAAUAGGUCCUGUACAAUGACGUUAUCUUUAGUCUCUUUGGGGUGGUUUUUGUUUUUAUA